CAAACAUUUUGAGCUCUCUCAAGUUUGCAGAAAUAAGCAUCAGAGUGAACAAGCGGGGGAGAGAAUUCCGCAGAAGUGGGAUCAAAUAUGACUGGAAGAUGAAAAUAGGCACCUAUCUGUCUGACCAAUGUUGUUCAGUAAUAAGCUCCAUUCUAUUUAUGCCUCUAAUUAGUGAGUACCGCAUCGAUACUACCACAACUAGGUGCAUGGCAUGGUUUAGUGCAGCAAUUUCCUCUGGGGUCCCUCUUGUUUUUGUCAAUAUCCAAACAGAACAAAUUCCCUCCACGGAGGAGACUCAUUUCUUGAAAAGGGAAAUAGCUACUAGCAAGCAAAAAAUCAACAAUGCUAACCAAAUAAUGCAUGGUAUAAGGUUAUGGUUUCUACCUGGACUAGCAGAAAUUUCAGUUGUGUUAAUCCCUCAACCUGUCGAAGCGCGCUUUGGCAUGGAAAUUAAACGAACUAAAGAGAGCUUUGUGUACAUAUAUUCAGUGAUGAGGGGAUCGCCGGCUGAUCGUGCUGGGGUGAGAGAAAUGUAUGAAGAGUCAAGUGCAAAUGGGUUCCUUUUGGUGAUAUCAAGGUUGCAAUGCAAGAGCAUAAUGCCAACGAGUGCUUGUUCUGCUGGCCUUGUGCAUUGCUGUGACCAAUCUGAAAUGAAGGACAUUCUCACUUCAGCUAUAGACCAAUAUGAGACGAUUCAGCUGCAUGUCAUGGCCUGGCCGAACCAAACUCGUCCUUCUCCAAUUCCUGAUGUUGGUGGUUUUGCGGCCCUGCUACAUCCAAAAAGAGAUUCAUCAUUAUGAUUCAUGACCUUACAGCAAACAAGUACAAUUAGACAGUGCCUCUAUCUCAAAAUCAGAGUUAUGAACCUGAAUCUUAAAAUUAAAAUUCAU